AUGUACCAAUCGCUUGAGAAAACGGCCUUUCAGUUCGAGCAUUGUUGGCAGCUAUUGAAAGACCAGCCGAAAUGGAAUCAGCGUUGCACAAAGGACGGGACAAAGCGAAGGUCGACGAUGUCCCCUACAUAUUCGCGUACAUCAGCAGUGGCAACUAAUUCAUCCAUUGAUUCAGUGGGAGGUACAGAGGGCGAGAAUCUGGAAACUAAUGAUGUCAUCGAAUUGGAUAGGCCAAUAGGAAGAAAAGCUGAGAAAGGAAAACGUAAGGCCCAAGGCAGAGCCUUAGAAGAGCUUGUGGAGCUCAGCAAGAAAAGGUAUACUCUCCUAGAGGAGUCACGUGCUCAGGAGCAAGAAUUUUUCCGACUCAAGGCGGAGAAGAUGGCAUAUGAACGAGAAAUGGAGGAAAAUAAAAGUAGACAAGAGGAUGAGAGACUGAGGUUGGAGGCGGAGAAACUGGAAAUCACCCAGUUGGAGAGAGAGGAGCGCAUAAUGUUGCUCGAUGUGAGUACGUUAAAUGAAGUUCAGCAAGUAUAUUUCCAGCAACUUCAAAGAGAGAUAUUGGCGCGACGCAAUGCAUCCUCAGAUUAA